AUGACUCAAAACAAACGCUCUCAUACCCCCAACAACACUUCCGACAGCAGUGAUUUAAAAUCAUCAAAAAGAGUGAAAUCCGAUGAAGAAGAAACCAUCCAAACCUCCGAUGAAGAAAAUGAUGAUGAAUUAUCGGAUGAUGAUGAAACCCAUCUCAACUCAAAGGCUCAUCAAUUGGAUGUCAUUCUCAAAGUAACUUCCAGAACUAUUACAUUACUCAACAAGGCUAACAAAGUCAUUUCCAUUCCUAACGAUGAUGAAAACAAAUUGCAAUUUGGAAUUACUGAACCAUUAAUUGAAGAGUAUAAUCAUAAAAUUGCAAACAAAUAUUUAAUGUCUUCGUCAUCAAGUGAAUCACCAACUAGUCCCAAUACUUUUGAUGAAACAGACAUGUCCAUAUUUUUAUUCACCAUGUAUAGUAACAAUAGUGGACUUUCGCUUCAUAAAUACCAAACAGAAGGGGUUUUGUGGUUAUUGAAAAACUAUUUAGAAAGGAAGAAUGUCAUUCUUGCAGAUGAUAUGGGUAUUGGUAAAACUGUUCAAGUCAUUUCAACCAUUAAUUAUUUAAUCAAGUUUGAAAAAAUCAAAGGACCUUUUCUCAUUGUUGUACCAAAAUCUAUUCUAGGUAAUUGGGUCAAUGAAUUCAAAAAGUGGCAAGUUGAACCCAUUAAUGUUCUAGCAUAUUAUGGAAGUAUUGAAAAAAAGAGAGCUCUUCAAAAAUAUGCUGUGUUUGUAGAUGAAUCUAUUCAAAAUAGAUAUCUAUUACCUAAUGUUGUCAUUACAACAAAGGAAUCACUUUCUCGUCAACAUGUAUUUGACACAAUCUAUUGGAAAUAUAUAGUGAUUGAUGAAGCUCACUUUCUAUCUAAUCAAAAUAGUAAGGUUUACAAAAAGAUGAAACAACUCAAAUCUGAGGCCAUUCUGUUGUUAACUGGAACACCACUUCAAAAUAAUUUAUCACAAUUUUAUUCUCUUUUGAAAUUUUUAAAUCAAACAAAACCUUUCAAUGACUCUCUCAAAGAUUUUAAAAAAUUAUAUGAAACGAAUAUCAAGGAAUUUGGAUCAAGAAUUAAACAAAUUAUGCUUCGUAGAAACAAAGAAGAAGUUUUAAGCAAUGUCAUCAAACCUAAAGAAGAAUAUAUUCUAUUAUUAGAGCCCACUCCUCUUCAAGAAGAUUGUUUCAGAUUUGUUAGAGAACAAAUGGAAGAAGAAGAUGACGCAGAGAAUUCUCUUCAAAAUGUGAUUGACUGUAUGAAAAUUGCCAAUCAUCCAUUUAUUUAUUUAUUAGAUAAGAGCUCACACGUAUUUAGUAAUGACCUCUCAACCAAAUCAUCCACAAGCCAGACACCUGCUUACGCUUCUGAAACAGAUCCCAUCUUUAAUUCUCAAUAUUUUUCCAAAUUUCUCUCGACUCUCACUCGUGAAUACAUGUUAAAGAAAGUCAUUCAAACAAGUAGCAAAUUUAUUGUGUUGGAUUAUUUACUUGAAAAACAUUUUAGUGAACAAAAUAAGGUUGUUAUAUUUAGUCAAUAUACAACCACAUUGGAUAUGAUUGAAUACUAUCUCAUUUGUAAGAAUUAUCGAUAUCAACGAUUAGAUGGUAGCAAAUCGAUGGAAGAACGUGAACUUUCUAUUGAAAGUUUUCAACACGAAAAUUCUCAAGAUUUUGUAUUUCUAUUGAGCACAAAAGCAGGUGGUUUGGGAUUGAAUUUAGUCUCUGCUAAUGUUGUAAUUGAAUUUGAUAUGAUGUGGAAUCCACACAAUGAUGAUCAAGCUACAAAUCGAUGUCAUCGAAUUGGUCAAACAAAAACAGUCUAUGUUUACAAGUUUUUAAUAAGAAAUUCUAUUGAAGAAAAAGUGUUACAAUUUGCUCACGAAAAGCUCACAAUGGCUACUAAAGUAUCCUCUCAUAUGAAACGAAAUUCAUCCAUUGAUAUUGAUUACUAUAAUAGUAAUAUUCUAAGUAGAAUGAAAAAUAAGGAAUUGAAAGCAAUUUUACAACAAAAGAAGAAACACAAAGAUUACUAUUCUAUAUCCACCAUGUAUACACAAUGGAAAGAAUAUGAUUAUCAAAGUCAAUUUUUAAAUUUAACUUUGGAUAAUGCAUUUACAUGGUAUAGUAAUGAUGAUAUUCAAUCUCUUAUUUCCAUCUAUCAAAAGUAUCCAAAUAUGGAAUAUUUAUUGAACUAUUCAUCUACUCAACGACCACAACGUCAUGGAAAUCACUGGAGUGGAGAUUUAAUCAAAAUUUAUCAUUCAAAAUUUUUAGAAAAAAUGUUAAUGGAAUUGAAUGAUAUCGUUUUGACUGCAUCGAACAAGUCUCAUCCCAAAGGAACGAGUAUCACUACAAGUACACGUCGUUGUUCAUUUUUCAAUAUUGAAAUUGAAAAUGAUGAUUUUCUCAUUGUUCCAUUCAAUACAUUCCUUCAAAUACAUAAAUAUUAUACAGAUGAAGAUUUUGAACAAGUGUUAAAGAGUGGAUGUAAAUCAACCAAGAAUAGACAAUUUCUACAACAUCUAUCUCCUCUAUUGUCGCUGGAAGAGUUAGACAUACUCUUUGACAAGUAUUUGGAUAUGAAAAACAUUGUUGAGAGAAUUCAAGAAUUAACAAUUUGUGAGCUCUCUGAUAGAGAAUAUUUGAAACAAAUGGUGCAAUUGUUACUGGAAUUGGGUGCAUGUAUUUCCAAAAAUUUUCACAAACCUUAUCACAUCAAACAAGUAUGGGAAUGGAUACAGAACCAUUUGAACAUCUCUGAUGAUAUGCAUCAAGUUUACUUGUCCGUGAUGGAACAAAGAACAACAACGAUACAGCAACUUGAUAGAAAUUCAAGAAAGAAGAAACCAUCUCGCAAGUGA